AUGCCUUGGCCAGUUGAAGAGGUUGCUUCCCCAACUUCAAGGGUUCAAAGCACAGUAGGCGACCCCUCUUCUCCGCCUAAGGAUGAUUAUGAGGCGGCGAUGGAUUCGCUAUCUCCCCUGGUGGAGGAGAUUGCGUCUGGUGUAAACCUCCUUCGGGGGGACAUGCAUGAUGAGUCAUCCCCUCGCCGAGCGAGCACAGAAGAUGCACACACUUCUCCUGAAGAGGAGGGGGUCGCAGGAGACCUACAAUCGGUGGAGCUGGCCCGCCUCUUCUCGACUCGCGAUUGCCGCCUCGCCUUUACCGCUCCAGAGAUUGACUGGUUGAAGGUUACCGUUGAUGAAUUCCAGGGAGAUAUCCGGAGUUGCGAGGAGUGCAUUGCCAAACUCAAUUGGGAGCGGGCAGACUCCAAGAAGAAGAUGGGCAGGCUUCAAUUGGAAGUGAGGGAGGCCAAGGCAUCAAAGGCACGCAUGGCCGCAGAGAAUGGGAGGUUGACUAGCAGGACAAAUGGCGCCAUUCUGGCUAUGGUUGAUGCUCGGGGCGAGCUAAAGAACGCACUUGACUCACUUGUUUCAACUGAGGGCCAACUCGAGGAAGCUCGGUCUCUCUUGGCAGAGGCAGAGGAGGCUCGGACGGUAGCCGUGGCUGAAGCAGCGGAGAAGAACGAUGCAAUGGCGUGCCUCCAAUUGCUAUACACCGCCAAAGUCGCGCGGGGGGAGAAGCAUAAGGAGCUCGCCGGGCUCAUAUCGUUCUCUGAUGUGAAGGCUGCUCGCGAUGCAGAACGCGAAAAGGAGCUAACUGGCCUCCAAACACUCCUUGACACUGAAAGGGCUUGUAGGGCUGAGCGAGAAGGGGAGAUAGCGAGGCUUCAGUCGCUUCUUGCGUGGAGGUAG